AAAUAGCCUUACUGUGUUUUUUCUGCUGUCAGAGAUCACAUUGUGUCUGAAAGUGGGUGGGCACCUCUGGGAGGAUAACAGGAACUACUGGGGGAGAGGAAGGAGGGACACUUAACUUUUCUCUGUGUCCUUUCUGUAUCUUUUACAUUUCCUACCAUGAGCAUGUAUUACCUAUUCAAAAAGUGAACAAACGUGCAGGAUCUUAGGUCUCCAACCAGAGAUCAAAACUGCACCCCCUGCAGUCCUACAGUGGAAGCUUGGCACCCUAACCAUUGGACAGCCAGGGAAUUCCCUCCAAAUUAACAAACAUUUUUCAAAAAUGCAAAUUCGCUGCAGAAAAGUGAAGCCCUUCAGAAAAAUGAAAGCAAAUCCACCACCUCUAAUCCACCACCACCAAAAGAUCACCACACAGGGCCUGCCCCCACGGGCUCUUGCAAGUGCACACAUGCCUGGUGUAUCUGUUGUCUGUAGCCUGUUUCAUUUCUUACUCCUCGUGCCUGGGACAAGGCUGACAGUUCAAAGACCCAGCCAGCCUGGGUCUGUGUGGGGACAAGCCACCAGUGCUUUUGAGAAUGAGGAUCAGUCAGAAAGGUGGGGUGUGUGUCCUGAUGCUGAGUUUCCUUUACUCAGUGUGGGUGUGGAGUCAGCACCUGGGUCCUUUAAUCUGAUCUGGAGACUGGCCUGGUUGGGUGUGCCUGGAGAGCACUUGGAGGGUUUGCCUGGGAGUGUCAACAGCUCUGCACAUAGAUAGAGGUGGGCGUGGGGCUUGACAGGUGCCAAGAAGGGCCUGCCCCCAGCACACUGCCAAGACCCCACGGUGAGCAAGUGUAGACAACCUUAGGACUCCAGGUCACUGCUGCCGGGUCCCCAGUGUGAGGGUCCGUCAUCUGCUGGUGGGCAGGGGUAGCCUGCCAACCAGGACAGUCCAGACUGCGGGGUUAGGGAGCUGAAAAGGCAAAAGGGUGCCACUUCCCGGUGACCCUAGGGAGAUCUUCAUCCUAUAAAAUCAGCAGCAAGGGUGGGUGUUGCCCUGGGGACCCCAGGUCUCAGUGCCCGGCGGGAGGGCGCUCUCCACGCCUGCAAGGAGCUCUCCAUUCCCAGGUACCAUGAGCGCAAUCAGCGAGGUGGUGCAGCGGGCCAGAGCCGCCUUCAACUCGGGUCGGACGCGCCCGCUCCAGUUCCGCAUCCAGCAGCUGGAGGGGCUGCGGCGCCUGAUCCGCGAGCGAGAGAAGGACCUCGUGGGCGCGCUGGCUGCGGACCUCCACAAGAACGAAUGGACCGCCUACUACGAGGAGAUUGUGUAUGUCCUGGAGGAGAUCGACUACAUGAUCAGGAAACUCCCUGAGUGGGCUGCUGAUGAGCCUGUGGAGAAGACCCCCCACACCCAGCAGGAUGAGGCCUACAUCCACUCGGAGCCCCUGGGCGUGGUCCUAAUCAUCGGGAGCUGGAACUACCCCUUCAACCUGACCAUCCAGCCCAUGGUGGGCGCCAUCGCUGGAGGGAAUGCAGUGGUCCUGAAGCCGUCGGAGCUGAGUGAGAACACGGCGAGCCUGCUGGCCACCAUCCUCCCCCAGUACCUGGACCAGGAUCUGUACCCUGUGAUCAACGGGGGUGUUGCUGAGACCACAGAGGUGCUCAAGGAGAGAUUCGACCACAUCCUGUUCACCGGGAGCACCGGGGUGGGCAGGGUCGUCAUGAUGGCUGCGGCCAAGCACCUGACCCCCGUCACACUGGAGCUAGGGGGCAAGAACCCCUGCUAUGUGGACAAGGACUGCGACCUGGACAUUGCCUGCAGACGCAUCACCUGGGGAAAGUUCAUGAACAGUGGCCAGACUUGCGUGGCCCCCGACUACAUCCUGUGUGACCCCUCUAUCCAGAGCCAAAUCGUGGAGAAGCUCAAAAAGUCCCUGAAAGAGUUCUACGGGGAGGACGCCAAGAAGUCCAGGGACUACGGGAGAAUCAUCAACUCCCGGCACUUCCAGAGGGUGAUGGGCCUGCUGGAGGGCCAGAAGGUCGCCUAUGGAGGCACCGGGGACGCGGCCACCCGCUACAUCGCCCCCACCAUCCUUACGGACGUGGACCCCCAGUCCCCGGUGAUGCAGGAGGAGGUCUUCGGGCCUGUCCUGCCCAUCGUGUGUGUGCGCAGCCUGGAGGAGGCCAUCCAGUUCAUCACCCAGCGCGAGAAGCCCCUGGCGCUCUACGUCUUCUCACCGAACGACAAGGUGAUUAAGAAGAUGAUCGCGGAGACCUCCAGCGGCGGGGUGACAGCCAACGACGUCGUUGUCCACAUCACCGUGCACUCACUGCCCUACGGGGGUGUGGGGGACAGCGGCAUGGGGUCCUACCACGGCAGGAAGAGCUUCGAGACCUUCUCGCACCGCCGCUCCUGCCUGGUGAGGCCUCUGCUGAAUGAAGAGACCCUCAAAGCCAGAUAUCCGCCGAGCCCAGCCAAGGUGAGAAGUGGGAGGUGGGGAUGGGGGUGGGGUGGGGGAGCCGCCGGCCAGACAAGGGCCUCAUUGCCCUUCGUGUCCCCCACAGAUGCCCCGUCACUGAAGCGGUGCCCUGGCCUCACCGUGCUGCACCCUUGGAGGGCUCCUCUGGUGCCCCGCUGCUCAAGUGCAUCCUUCCCACCCAGCCCCGCCCCCACGCUACACUAAACAUAGAGCAAUAAAGCUUCGGACCAGCCCCGGACUGCG